AUGAUGAAGCAAGAAUCGGGGAGGUAUGAUAGAUGGUGGUGUGCUGUUGUCAUCAUGGGUGUGCAGUUUAGAGCACGGGUUGGAUUGUGUGUGGCUUGUGGUCCAAUCUGCCUACAACCCUGUGACGGCCGGGAUCUUUACACACACAAACAGAAAAAAAGUCCCACAACCUUUGCGCCCAAUGGUUGGAUUUCCAGACAACACCAUCAACACCGUUCACGACAUCCACGCCAACUCUCCCGCUCGAAGGAGUCCCUGAUAAGCUACGUGACGACAGUGAACGAUUGA